UCUCGAGUCAUCUCCAGUCUCUCAGCUCUGUUGCGCUUCAUUGAAGUGUGCCUUGCGCACCUAACCAGCCCAGUGUAUCAGGAUAUUGCGCGAUAACGAAAGAUGUGCCUGGCUAAGGACUACGCGGAUGUAUAUCCGAUAGAGAUCCGCACGAAAAAAGUCACCCGUCGCAGUCUGUUCAGCCUGGGCACUGGACCGAGCAGACGCACGCAGCCACAAGACUGUGCUAGAUAUCAGCAAUCUUCGUACAGUCAGCCGCGAGUCUCACAAGCAAUGAGGGUGCCAAGCUUUCACAUCAUCGAGCCACAGGGACAGAGUAGGAAGUGUCAUGCCGAGAGAAUUUCUUCUGCAAGACAUUCGAUACCUCGAAGUCGACCAUUCCAGUUCGACUUACCAUCCAUCAGGCGAUUCACGGAUCGAGUCAACGAUCAUGGAUUACGCCCAUCAAGGUGCCGCGACAGAUCGCCCCGACCAUUUGCGGUCGAUUCCCCGGAGGUAAUAACGAGAGCACCGCGAAGGCCUCGAGUGUCGACGUUUACUCAAACAAGUUCCGACUCAACGCAGGAUAGUGAUACCGAUGGAUUCGAAGAUAUUGAGUCGGAAGACGAAUUGGAUGGUUCCUCCUCUUGCAGCCCUCGUUACUCUCGCCCUAGCCAGCCAACGAGGAAUCCCAGACCCCCUAGAGAGCGAACACCCGUCAGUGAGCGUGAACCUAUGCGCACGAGACAGCGGCGGACUUCCAGUCGGCCAGUGGAGAUCCAUCAAAGCAGCAGCCCCAUCCAUGGCAGUGACAGCGAGAGGAACAUGGGGCGGCGGCGACAGGUACGCUUUGCCGAGGAGGUGGAAUAUGUCCAAAACACCAGUCGGGCCAGAGGAGGCAACAUAGCUAGUAAGCUAGGUGGUCGGCGACGUACCUCUCUUGAUCAUUCGAACCAAGAGACUCCCCGUGUCCGAGCGGACAACCGGCGUGAUUCAUUCAACAGCAGCCCGCCCCCAAGACUUCGUUCACCUCCAUUCAGAGAGACGCGUGGAACGGAAAGGACAUUUGCGCAUCGGCUCCGCACCAGUCGCAUUUCACCACGGAUUAUUCAAGAUGGCAAACGCCAGAUGUCAGAUGCGGCAGUGCGCAUUUACGCUGAAGCUCGAUCGAGGCGGAGACACGCGGAUUUUGGGCAUAAUCUCAGAUCAUACACCGUGUGGGGGCGAAGCCGCCCAUCAGGCCAUUUUAGAGAAUCUCUGUUUGACGAUUCGAGAACAUCGUUCGAUGAUACAGAGCGACAUGGAUAUGGUCGGCGUGGGCGUUGGCGUUAAAGUCCCAUUGUUUUAAGCGAUGACUUGCUUGUAUUUCAUCGAAAUAGAAGGAUACCCACUUAACGCUAGUUAGUCUGUCUGUAUAUGUGUAUAAAGUACCUAUGCGUAUAGAUAUAUGUAUC